AUGGAAGCUUCGACGCAUGGAGCGUUGAAGCAGCGCUUUGGUGAGGAGAAUCUACGCAUAGCCUCCAUGGGUGCAAUCCAGAAACCCGAUGGAUCCGUGAGGCCGGUUCAUGACGGAACGCACGGAGUACACGUGAAUCAGUCCAUACCUCAGCACAACCUUCUUUCAGUUCCGGGUCCUGGAGAGCUAGCCCUACUAGUCAGACAAUCCCAGGAGCAAGUUGAGACACCCUUUGCCUUGGCUGGGGACGUGGCCGCCGCCCACCGCUUGGUGCUGGUGCGCGAAAGAGACUGGGGACUCCUGGCCUGCCGUGUGGAAGCUGGGAGCGACACCGUCUUCGUGAACAGAGGCAGGAUGGUGGGGCGCGCCAUGCUCAACCACUUCUUCUUUCAAUUGGUUUUCGUAGACGACUUACAUGCCAAUUUCUUUGGACACCGGAAGUAUGUCAACGCUCUGAUCUGGCUGGUACUUUAUCUUAGGGCAGGAACACCUUUUGCCUGGAAAAAGUUUAAAGGCGGAGCCAGGAUCGCCUUCAUUGGCUAUGAGCUGGAUUGCACGGCCCGACUGGUGGGGCUCGGCAAAGUGCGAGGAGAUUGGUUGGUCCAGUGGAUAAAAGUUGUUCACCUCGUCCAGGUCAUUCAUAUGGUCAUUCCCUGCAGUGCCCGUUACUGCCAAGCGUUUUGGUUGUCGCCUCGGUGUGAGGCACGCGACGCCGAUACCGCUACUGAACCGCUACUGAACCGCUACUGA